GGGACUUGUUUCACUCAACUGCCCACCCACGCCACGCAAGGAAGCAAGCAAGGAAACCGUCCGUCCCUAUCUCUCAUCUAUCCAUCCAUCCACUUCUUCCUCUUCCUCUUCCUCUCUGCUCUGCUUUGCUUCUCGGCCAAGCCAAAGCCAUCGCCUCUCUCCUCUCCUCUCGCCGGCGACGACUCUCCGGCAGGCCACACCAAGCAACAAGGAGGAAAUGGCGGGCAGCGACUGGGAGGUGGUGUCGCUCACGGCCUCCACCUACGCCGCCGCACCAGGAGGACCAACCUCGCCACCGCCACCGCCACCGACCCUCCUCCACCCCCUCCACAACACAGAGACAGAGACAGAGCUUCCCCCUCUUCUUCUUGUCCCAAAUCCUCCUGCUCCCCCUCCACACUUGUUCAUGUCCCAGCACUUCAAUCUGCCAAAGAAGGAGCCACUUUUUAGUAGUACCCAUCUUCUUGAGAAUACCGGAGGCCAAGAAUUAGAAUCCGACGACCCUGCCGUGCCGGACGCUGACGCCGACGGUCUCAACCUCAACAUGCCCUGCCCACAAAACUACUGGGACGAUGCGCCGGUUCUUGCUAGUCCCGCCGGCAGUGGCCCGCAGGAAGAAGGAGGAGGAGGGGAGGAGCCGCAGCAAACCACCAUGCCCUGCUCUCUUCCUGACGCUGCUGCUGUGGGUUCUUCUGCCCUUCCUGACGACGCCACGGCGGCUGCUCCUUCCGGCGGAGGAGGAGUGGGCGCUUGCAACUGCAAUGCCGCUCAGGCCUGGUGGGAGAAGACCUUCUCCUUCCCGCGCAGCGACGGCACGCAGCCCCUCGCCUUCCGCUUCGUCUUCGUCGCCGGCAAGCUGCAGAUUCAGGAGGAGGACAACCUCCGCCCUGCCCCUGUCCCUGAAUUCGGCCAAACCCAGAAGAUAAGCUGCGUGAGUGAGCCACUUGGUCAGGUGAAAGUCGGCAUGCUUGGUGGUGGAAGCCCUGUCGCUCAGCAAGGGUAAAUUAAGUACACAAGCUGCAUAGUAUGUUGCUGACGAUGACGAUGAUGAUGAAAAACUAGUGUGGUAGCUAAGAAGUUGAUGAUGACUUCGAUCGAUGAUGAUGACGAAAAUGGUGUGAUGAAUCUUUCUACUUACUGUUAUAUGUAAGUGGAGUGGUAGUAGUUAAUCAGAGAUAUUUAUGGUUGAGCAGUAGUAUUGGUUAAUUCCAUCUUGCUAGCUAGAGUGGUGCUUGUCAAAUAAAGUGUGUUUAAGCAAACAGAGAUAUAUAAUUCUUCUUAGAAGAUCAUCAAGCAUAUUGUAUAUGAGAUGAAUGCGGUUUUGUUGGCUUC